AUGACUGUUCGUGUUGUGACAUAUAAUUUGUUGGUGCCCAUCUAUGCUGAUGAUCCAGAAUAUUACGUAAAAUGUCAGCCUCAGUUUCUUAAAACUGAUUAUCGAUGGAAUUUAAUUCAAACUGAAUUAGAACAGGAAAUUAAUCAUAAUGAAAAUACGAUUCUUUGUUUUCAAGAACUAUCUCUUACUAUGUUACCCAAACUAGAGUUAUUUUUUCGUCGAUUAAAUUAUACUCUGUUUCAUAAUCUAUAUGGUGGACAUUGGGAUGAUUUUAUGGGUGUUGGAAUAGCAAUUCCUGUUUCCAUGCAACUUAAUACCAUUUCUUAUAAUAAAAUCGGUAAUCAUAUACGCUCGAUUUGUAAAAGUCGUGAAAAUACAUGGAAUCAAAACCAAGACGGUUCAGGUGAAUCCAUGGAAACAACAUCCGAUCCUUGGGAAACGUCUAUGAAUAGGGCCAAUACUCUCAUCUAUUUACAAGUCGUCAUCGAUGGUAAAUCAUUGGGUGUGGGUACAUAUCAUAUGCCUUGCUACUAUAAAGAACCUAGUGUGAUGUCUAUACAUGCAUUAAUUGUAAAAGAUCUUAUGUUUCAAUUAGCCGCUGGAAAUGAUUUUAUUUUAACAGGUGAUUUCAAUAUAUUACCAAGUGAUACAUGUUAUCGAGCUCUAACCGAGAAAGGUUAUCUUGACGUUCAUUUUCCUCAAUCAAAAAUCUACAAUGUUUCAUACUGGCCCAAUACCGAUCAAGUACUGAAAAGUGCUUAUCGAGAGAAAAAUCAAUCGGAACCAGUUUAUACAAAUUUUGCUACCACAGCGGAUUCACCGAGCUUCUGGGAAACUCUAGACUAUAUCUUUUUUACUGGGCAACUUACUGUUGAAAAAGUAAUGGAAUUACCUAGUCACCCAAGUGGAGAAUCUUAUCCUGACGAAACCCAUCCAUCGGAUCAUUUGAUGAUUGCUGCUACAUUUCGAUUAUCAUGA